AUGGCGGACUGUGAUUGGGGAAAACUGAAAGAGAACAUCCGUGGCAUUCGCGAGAAUACCAUCAGUGCGCUUUCGCACCACCUACCAGAACUCGCACUGCCGCUUCCUUGCCUGGGUGGUCCAGAAUAA